AUGCCGGUUCAGGUUCCCAUCACGGUUAAUGGGCAAAACGUACAAUCGAAUCAAUUCCGCUCUCAAUUGAAUCCAUCCAAACAUAGCGAGCCCGUUGCCGACUAUGCAUGCGCAACCCCUCAGCAGGUCAACGCAGCCAUCGAUGCCGCCUUGAAAGCCAAGCCUGCUUGGGAGGCCCUCGCAUUUGAAGACCGGGCUGCUAUAUUCCUGAGAGCUUCUGAGCUCAUUGCUGGCAAAUACCGGUCAGACAUUGUGGCUUCAACCAUGCUCGGCCAAGGCAAGAACAUCUGGCAAGCAGAGAUUGAGGCCCCGAGUGAGACGGUCGACUUCUUUCGUUACUAUGUCCAAGAAGCGUGGAAGCUCUAUUCUCAACAACCCACAGAGCACCCGAAUGGUAACUGGAACAAGAUGGAGUACCGUCCCCUGGAGGGCUUUGUCUACUCGAUUGCGCCGUUCAACUUUACAGCUCUGGGGGCAACAUUGGUCGGGCCUGCAGCGCUUCUUGGUAACGUUGUCAUCUGGAAGCCGUCUGAUUAUGCGCUUCAUUCGGCCUACUUGAUACACCAAAUUCUCUUGGAAUCAGGCUUGCCGAAAGAUGUUGUGCAAUUCCUGCCCGGAGAUGCGGAGGAGAUCACCAAUACUGUAUUGAAGCGCCCAGAGUUCGCUGCUAUCAGCUUCAUUGGUUCAACACAAGUGUUCAAGGGCAUCCAAAAGAAGAUUGGGGAUGGUGUGGGAGAGGGCCGAUAUAACUCUUACCCCCGAGUUGUUGGAGAGACUGGUGGAAAGAAUUGGGGUGUCGUUCAUAAUUCCGCCGACGUCAAAAGCGCAGCUUUGCACAGUAUCCGAGGUGCUUUCGAGUACCAGGGGCAGAAGUGCUCAGCUUGCUCCCGUAUGUACGUUGCUGAGUCCGUCUGGCCGGAAUUCAAGAAACAUCUCCAAGAGGAGUUGCCAAAGCUCAAGGUCGGAAACGUCGAGCAAUUUGACAACUUCAUCACACCCGUUAUUCACGAGCGGUCAUUCGACAAGCUGAACAAGGUGAUUGAGGAUGCAAAGACAGACUCAGAGCUCGAGCUUGUUGCAGGAGGCGAGGCUUCAAAAGAGCACGGGUACUUCGUCAAGCCGACGGUUUACAAAACAACAAAUCCCAAGCAUGACAUCAUGUCCCGGGAGCUUUUCGGUCCUGUGUUGGGCAUUUACGUCUACCCUGAUGCCGAAUGGGAGAAGACCCUUGAACUGGUUGAUACGACCUCGCGAUACGGUCUGACCGGCAGUAUUUUUGCCAUGGAUCCGUACGCAUCUCGACAUGCGCAGACCAAGCUCAAACACGCCGCUGGAAUGCUCUACAUCAAUACCAAGUGCACAGGAUCUGUUGUUGCGCAACAACCAUUUGGUGGAAGCAGAGACUCGGGCACGAAUGACAAGACGGGGACAAUGGCACACCUGCAGCGCUUCACAAGUGUCCGAUCAAUCAAAGAAGAAUACAAUCCUCUAGAUAAUAUUCAGUAUCCCUCUAACGAGGUUUGA